UACGAAACCAGAGGGCAGCACAGGAUGCGAUCGCACGAUCCUGCCCGUGAGCAAUCUCCCAACUCAUCUCUGGUUCCUGUGAUCCUCGGUAGAGCCGUUUAGCGAAUGGGGUGGAAUGUGAAGAACGUAUUACGUGCAACGUUUGAAUUAAAACCAACGAAAUAUUUUUCAGAGACCGACGGCUUUUUCAUUCGUGAAGAGGGGAGGCUCCGUAGAUAGACGUGACUUUUUCAGCCGGUUUCGAGCUUUUCAACUUCCGGUAACAGGGGUAACAGGUGUUAAGUGCACUAGCCGUCGACAUUCUCCACUAGGGGGCAGCACAGGAUGCGAUAACGCGACCCUGCCCGUGAGCAAUCUCCCAACGCAUCUCUGCUUGUAUCAUGGUGCCACCAAAAUAGUUCGUAGUAUUCUUCCGUGAUUGCGACUUUUUGUAUGGCGUCGUGUUUGAUUGUUCAAGAUUAUUUGAGGACAGUUUGCCGCAUAUACGUGAAAACCGGACUACUUGAAAGUGAUAGGUCAAAAUUUGGGAGCUAAGAAUCGCUGUGACCAAUUCAGGAAUCGUGAGCGGACGGUGGAAUGAAAGUUGAGGUAUAUAUUGUUUUGUAAACGUCAUCUCUAACGGUCUGGUACAAUGUAAAAUACGGAAUAUUUUGAUGCGAGCUAACAUAGCUAUCCGCAACAAUGAGCAAGAUCAAGUGAUGGUCUCGACCGCGUUUGUUGUUCGGAUAUUCACGAGGACGUUAUCAAAAUGUCUCGUACAACUCCUCUGCUUAAACCUAGAAAAUCCAGGAAUGUCUCUGCAUUGAUGUCAGGUAAUCAGUCGAUCGAAAGCUCUCUUCAAUCUGCAAGUUCCGAUAACCAGUUCGAGCAGCAUAGGGAUAUCGAGAAUGCAAUAACCAAAACUUGUUCCAAACAAGUAACUAGUGAUAAAUAUGAAAAGUGUACAUUGCCCAGUGUCGAUAAUACAGUAGAUCCUGCUGAUAGUAAAAAGGGAAACUUGACUCAGAAUUUGACGAGUCAGAUCGAGAAUGCUCAGGUAAUGACCGAAAGUUGCACAGCUUCAGAUGAUUUCCCAUUGAGCGACGGUUCAGGCAAUUUCGCAUUGAAGGAAUCAUUGGGAGUAAACUUAGUCGAUCAGAUUCCAAAAAACGAAUCCUCUGUUCCCUAUAAAAGAAAUUCAAAUGAAACAUCUAAAUUAUUAAAGCAUGACGAUAAUGAGGAAUCAAUUGAAGACGUCCAAAAACUUGUUAAAACACCAAACUUAUCAGCAGAGGAUGAAUCGAAUAUAAGAUUGAUUAAACAGGCUGAUUCGUCAGCGGUUGAGGAGCUAGAAAGACAUUUGGAUAAGAUUCAUUCAAAGCCCAUUUCAGAAUUAUCGUCCAACGUUACCGAAGAAAAAACUAAUGAGUUAACGAAAAAAUAUGAUAUUGAGCAAUUGCAAUUGAAUGUAUGUUCACCUGUUGUGAGACUUGAACGCAUUGAUGUUUUUCAACAAAUGAAUAAGAAAACCAGUAGUCCUAGUGAUAAUAGUAAAAUAAAGCCAUUAAAAGAGCAAAUGAACGAACCUGUUUCAAAAACUUUAAUGUCCAUAAAUAGCAAUGCACUGAAUUCAGUUCAACCAUUGUCAUUGAUUGAAUCAGGAUUAUCUGGGGAAGUGUCGGAAAGUUUGACAUCUGGCGAGGUGUGUAAGCCAUCGCACAACCUUUGCAGUCAAGGCAAUUUAUCACUUGUCCCAGUAUCGGAGAAAGCUACAAGCAUAUUUCCAAAUAUUUUGACUGCAGAAAUAAAGAACACCUGCGAUUCAAGUAACUGGAAAGCAGAUUGUGUAGCAUGUAAAGAAAUUUUUAUGGACAGGCUUGAGCUGCACAAACAUGCGACUCUUUCACAUCCUGAUACCCAGAUACUAUUCUGUGAUGUAUGUGGUGAAACAUUCCUUCAUAAGAAGGUUCUUCAAGAACAUAAGAAAGUAGUGCACGAUGUUGGAAAUCCAGAAGAAGAGGAAAUUCUUACUAAACAAGAACAAAUCGAGGGUCUUCUGAAGAAACAAAAACGAAUCAUGACACCAAGCAUAAUACCAACCUUGGACACCUGUACUGAUUUAUUAAUGGAUGCAGAACCUAUUCCAGUGUCGUCUUUAAAUUCUUCCAACGUAACAAACAAUUUAAGAUCGACCACUUUUUCAAUGGAUAGACAUUGCGAGGGGAUUAAGACGGUCAAACAUACUUCCUCAUUAAGUUCUGUAAAAAUGACAAAUUUGGCGAGCAAGUUAACAAAUAAGCUGCAACAAAGUAAGUCAAAUCCAAGCAAGGUUCAAAUGCAUAGAAAUGUCUCACGGAAAAGACCAGUUUUGUCGAAUAAGAAUUUAUUCCAUGAGAAGUACCCAUUAAGGCUGAAGCCUAAAUUUAAAGUAAGUGAUAUUAAAUCGAUCAAACCUGAAGUUAAAGCAGAGGAAGCUUCACAACCAAAACCUGAACCAGAAGUUCGCCGUAAGAGGGGGAGACCACGUAAAAUUCGACCGGAAGACAAUACUCAGACAAAGCAACCGGAGAGCAAUAUUCAGUUAAAGGAGCCAGAUGUAAAACUUGAAUCUGUUAGUAAAGUUGAUGAUAUAGAAGUUGAUAAUAAUUUAAGUGACUUGGCUAUAAUAGCGUCAACAUCUGUUGCUUCAUCGUUUUCCGCAACAGGCUUUAUGAGACUAAAGAGGAUAAAACGGUUAGUAGUUCCCUUAACAAGAAUCGAUGAUCUGUACAACGCUUCGCUAUCGAAAGAGGAAGGUAACGUCGUACAUAAGGAAACAAAAGAUAAACUUCAAAAAAGCAAGGAUGACGCACCUAAUAUAGAAGCGAUGGAGAAUUCGACAGGUAUCGGUGAUGUCGAAGCAUCUGAAAUUGUUACGAGCAAGGAGAAGGCAAUCACCAGACUGGAAAAUUUAACUACUAAAUCAGUAAAACAAGAUAAAGUAAAAAAAUUGACAAGAUUUGCAGCCAGAAAAGUUAUUUUGGAAUCUACCGAGAAUAAAAUCAACAAAGCAGGACCCAGUGGAAAACAAAGAGGGUCGAAAGAUGAUACGAAUAAUGAACUUGGUGAAGCUACACCAAACGAAGGACCCGAAGAGACGGGUCCAGGGUUCAAAGAAAAUUUGCAAAAUGUAACGAAACCUGCAGAGAACCUUGAUCCAGGUCAAAAAGCAAAAUCUGCAAGAAAACCCAGUUUACAGUCCAAACCGAAGUCUGACAGCAAGGUAGAUUUACAAAGUGCUGUAGGAGUUGAAGAAAAGUGCGCGGAAAAAUCUGAAACCCAAGAAUCUCAUUCCCAAGAGUUGCCCAAAAUGGAGCAGCAUAAAGUAAAGAAGCCCAAUUCACCGAGUUUGAACCCCAAAGAAAAUUCAGAUUCACCGAAAACGCUCGAAGGGAAAUUAGAUUCGCAACGUACGAAGAAGUCUGAACAAAGGUCAAACUCAACAAUUACGAGCAAAUCCGGAGAAAAUUCAAACUUGUCGAGUUCCGAGGUAGCUUCAAAAACUAUUCAGCAGGGAGAGUGCAAUGACGAGGUGAUAGAGCUCACCCUCGAGAAGGGCCAAGUGAGUAAUCCCGAUAUAAAGAACUCCAUGAAAUCCGCUCGAAAGAGAAGAUUCAAACUCUCGGAUUUUCGCUACGACGGCCCUUCGACGGCGAAGGUAGUUGCAAAACACCUGGUGCCCACGACUGACACGACAAAAUCCAUAGUGCAGAAUUUGAAAGAAGGAACCUCUCCGAAAACUGCCGACGAGGCAGAGAAUUCAGGUUCCAACCCUAUCAAACUAUGUUGUUUUCAGGCCAUCGCACCUGCAGGCGGCAACGCAGGUGCAGCGAAAACGAAGCAAACCGCCCAGAAGACCUCAUACAGCAAAUCGCUUUGCGAUCUGUGCAGAGCGAUGGAAUACUUGAAAAAAACCAUCCCAUGUCCUUUUACGUCCGGGAUCCAGAGAGCAGGUCGGAGCGUUAAGUGUCCUCUCUGCAACCUGCACUUUAUAUCGCUGUACUUCCUCGAGAUGCACAUCGAGAACAUGCACUCGGGCAUCUGCACCUGCAAGCCGAAGCACGUCGAGCAGUACCCGUCCAAACCGGCCCCGAAGAAAAAUUUCGCACUAGGCAAGGAAUUCCCGUUCGUCUGUCGCUACUGUCCCAGGAAGUUCGACUUCAUGGUGGAGUUCAAUAGACACAUCGUGUUGGAGCACAACGACACCGUGAACCUGGCGAUCAACCCCAGGCUGAACCCCUUGAACGACGAGGUGAAACGGCCAGCAUCGCCGGAUACGAAGAAUCCUGCGAAAAGGAGCAAGACUUUGGCGGAGGCGCUGGAUCCCUCCGAGGUCCCGAGGAUUCAGAAGGCCGGAGAGAGUGCGGACACCCCCUUGAAAUGUUACAGGAAGGGUUCGACCAAGCUGUUGAAGUCGACGUCGUCUAAGGUCAAAUCCUCUAAGGAAGACAAUUCGCUGUCCUGUGCGAAUACCGGGAAUUCCGACGUGGACUUAUACGACAAGGUCUGCGGCAUAUGCAACAUCCGGUUCAUGCGGCUGAAGGACUACGAGGACCACGUUAACUCGGAGCACGACGACAAGACAUUGCCGUUCCCCACGAAUUUCUGCACGUUUGACAAUCUGUCUUCUUCUGACGGGCCAGAGAAGAUGGCCAAGCUGUUGGACGCCCGUGAUGCGAGUAAAUUUUUCGAAAGGCCGGGAGACCUCGUUGGGUCCAUCGUAGGGAUCCAGGAUUCCGUCCUGAGGCUGCAGAGUCUGAAGACGAACUCUAAGGAUGGCGUUGGCUUGGAGGUCACCCCCUUGAAAGUGGGCAAAGUUGUCUCGGCGUUGAGCAAAGGGAGCGAAGGGUUGUAUGCGACUGCGAGCUUGCAGGGGGCCAGCAUAGCAAAGUCAGUCCACAAAGUUUACUCCUGUUCGGUCUGUAAAGACGUCUUCUUGGACGCAAAGACCCUCUCGAAGCACCAGUCGGAUGCGCAUCCUGCCGACAACUCGUUUGUCUGCGAUAUUUGCUUAAAGGACUGUAAGCAGCAGUCGGCAUUCCUGGUACACAAGUUUAAGCACAGAGAGCCCAGAUUGCCACCCGUUACGUCUCUUGCGAGUACCGGGGAUACUUUACAUUUGUCCGAGAAGAAAGACGAUUUUCCUAAGCAGGCAGAGAGUCCUCCGAAGCCGAAGAUGCUCCCAUGCGUAGAGACGAGUCCUCGCAAGGAAAAAGAAGACUCCGGGAAGAAGCUUAGUCCAACGAAAAAGAACGAUCCCUCCACUUCGCCGCAGGUGAACGAAGCAGCGAGCAAGAAUUCGAAGGAGAGCGUUAAGAACGAGGCAGAGGGAUCGAAGAAACCGAAAGCUUCCUCUGCUUCUUCCGAAAAUGAUAGCGGGAUCAGUCAGGAUAAUUUAGCGGACCUUGACUGCGGAGUCAGAAUAAAUAAGGAAGAGCCUAACGAGUCCGCGCAGCAAGUCGUUAGUCAAGAACUGAAUUUAAUCAAGGAGGAGACGGCUUCGAUUAAGGAGGAGAAAGUCGAUAAGAAGGAAAAGAAAACGAUGGAAUGUGCAGUGGUGAGGAAACCCAAUUCGAGGCCUAGAGCGGAACCCGAAAAGAAACCUCAACCGGACGUCUUGAAGAGGAAGAUCGAAGAAAUCAUGAAGUCGGAGCCCGAUAAGAAGAGCAAACUCGAAGACGACUUGGAGAGAUUGAUCGCCGAAUUGACCGGAGAGAUCGAUGACACGGAAAAUUCGAACGACGGCAGUAUUUCGGAGAAGAAGUCGGACGUCGAUAACGAGGUCGACGCCAAAACCUUCUCGAAGGAGACCUCCAAGGACAAGGAUGUGCCGUGCAACAUGUGCGACAAAAGCUGCCUCUCGGAGAAGGACCUGAACGAGCACAAGUUCUUCAUACACGACGAGAACAUGGAAGAGUCCGAGCUCAGCGAUCUAUUGACUUCGAAUUCGGAUAGCAAGACAAACGAAAUGCCGAGGGAGAAACGGAUGAAGACGGAGAAGGUUGAGUCGAAAGAGAAGACGAAGAGCGCGACGGUCGAGUCGAAGGAGAAGAUGAAAAGCGCGACGGUAGAGCCGAAGGAGAAGACGAAGAGCGCGACGGUCGAGUCGAAGGAGAAGAUGAAAAACGCGACGGUAGAGCCGAAGGAGAAGACGAAGAGUGCGACGGUCGAGUCGAAGGAGAAGAUGAAAAGCGCGACGGUAGAGCCGAAGGAGAAGACGAAGAGCGCGACGGUCGAGUCGAAGGAGAAGACGAAGAGCGCGACGGUCGAGUCGAAGGAGAAGACGAAGAGCGCGACGGUCGAGUCGAAGGAGAAGACGAAGAGCGCGACGGUCGAGUCGAAGAAGAUGAAGAACGCGAUGGCCGAGCCGAAAAAGAAGACGAAGAGCGCGACGGUCGAGGCGAAACGAGAAGCGAGGGCGGACGUCGCGUCGCCGGUCUCGUCGGAAAAAGGGACGGCGAGGGAGAUGGAGUUCAUUAUAACCCACGAGAAGGGCCCGAGCAAAGUAUUAUCCGUGGAGGAGCAGGAAGCCAUGUUGGAAGAAUUCGCCGAGAUGUCCAGCAAGAAGGUGUGGCACUGCAGGAGGUGCUCGCAGACCUUCAAGAAUUUGCUAUGCUUCGCGCGUCACAUGUUCUACGUCCACAAGGACGACUCUCUGAUCCACGAGUGCGAAAACUGCAAGAAGUUGCUGACCACCACGGCCAUGGUGAACGUCCACAUAUGCUGCAAGGUGGACGAUUACAUGUGCGGACCGUGCAACCAGAUCUUCUCGACCGGGUCGGAGCUGAGGAUUCACAACACCGAGAAGCACUACGAGGUCCCUGGCCCACACGUCUGCGACAUCUGUCGCAGGAAUUUCAUGACGAUCUGGAUGUUGCACAAGCACAAGUGCAUCAAACACUGGUCUCAGCUGUGCGCGACGAUCCCGGCGAUGGCUAAGUUGGAGCCGAUGGGAGACCUCAGCACCGACAUCAAAAUGAACGCCCUGUUCUCCAGGAUCCCCUCACCGUUCGGAAAGUACAGCACGAAGAUGAAGUCGCUACUGUCCUACAUUGCGCUGAAAGAGACGGAGAAGCCCAAACUCCUCGACGAGAGUCGACGCCAAUAUUCGUCCCCCUACACGUCCAGGAUUAUUCCGGUGGAUCCGGGAAAGUUACCUCGGGUGACGAGCAACAUCAAGAUCUCGUCGGACGCGGAGAAGAAACAAUGCCCCGGGAAUCCGUACCCUGAAGAGUGCAACCUAAAUUGUCCACUGUGCAAUCAGAUCUGCCUGACGAGGGCUGGACUGAAGAUCCACCUCUCCAGACGACAUCACACCUCGGCCGAACUCUGCAUGUUCUGCAACACGCUCAUCAUCUCCGCGGCGAUGAACAGACACAUUUUGGACCACAUAAGGGACGACAAUAAGCCCGAUAAGGAUGACGACUCCAUCGACGAAGAGCUCAGCGUGGAAGAGUGUACCGAGCAGAUUUUGAAGAGGCUGGGAAGACCGUAUCUGCGAGCGCUCUGUCAGUACCAGCUCCUUAACACCUCUAACCGCAAGGAGGUUAUUUCCUGCCCCGGGUGCACCAAGAAAUUUGGGAACUGCCAUUACUUCAGGGUCCACUUUUUGUGGACCCACGACGACCUCUGCGUACUAUGCCGCAAGCAGUUCGAGAUCGUCAACAAGGCCGUUGAACACAAGGCGGUGGCGCAUGGCUCCUUGGGGAAUUAUCUUUGGGCUGCGGAGAAGAUCAUCAGGAUCCUCAUCAGGUCUGGCAAGUGCGGGGAGAACUUGAAAGAAUUCGUUGCUAUGCUAGAUCAAGUGGAACCGGAGAACCAGCCGGGGACGGAGGCUGAACAGCCCCAGCAGGAAGAGGCGGUUGCUGAAGAAAUAGCUAUCGCUUGUCCCGCGUCUCGAAAUUCGACCGAGAAGGAUCGGAAAGGUUGCAAAACCGAUUGUCAACCGGCGGACGCAUUCAAGGCCGACGACAACACUCUGCAGAGAGACCAGGUCGCAGAGAUAUUCGGAUCGUCCGAUGACGAUGCCGAUGACUCCGCUUUCUUGUACAUGCCCGAAGAGUUCACCAGCAAGAAUUCCCCGAGAAAAGGCGAAGAGCAGCUUCAGGAAGCUGGGGAAUCCUCAAUUCAGGAGGGCGCGGACGUUUUGGAGAACCCUGAAGAGGACAACGCGAUGGAGGAUGACUCUCAGUUAGUGCUGAUCGUCACCGAUGAGGAUCUUGCUCGGUUUAAGGGCGACGACAGGGGCCUGGCCGAGCAUAUACAUUUGUCGUGCCCCGUUCUCAGUGUCGAGGACAUCAUGGGGAUGUUGGUCGAGUAUAGGAAGGACCCUGAUACCGCUCUAAGGACUGAGACUUAAUGAGACUUCUCGCUGAGAAAACUCGGAGAGAAUACUUGAACCGUUGGGAACUGUUAAGGACUCGAAGGGGGAAUCUCGAGGGUACAUUCGGGAACCUCCGGUUCUCGAAAGAUCCGGUUACGGAUUUUUAUGUUUUAUAUUGUAUCGCGGGGGCGCGUUAAAACUUUAUUUUUCCUCCUUGUACAUGAUGACUCUAGAUGAUAAUGCGUGUUGGAAAUCACUUUCAUACCACCUAAGCACCUGUUACGGUAGAAUCGUAGGCUUUAAAAAAGUAUCUAUGUAUACACAUGUAUCGUCGCGUCGAUUUCUAAUGUUCGUUGCUAAACCAGGGCCAGUUAAGAAAAUGAAUGCUUAUGAUAAACCGUGCUUUUCUUUAAAAGUAAGACGCCACACUAGGACAGAAAGGUGUAUAAUAACUACAUGAAUAAACCAGUAAAUUGUGCGGUAA